AUGGAGGGACGAGUGAGAAAGUACGGACAUCACCAUCAACAAUUGAGUCCUGAUAGAGCUAAAGUCUGGAAGGAGAGGUCUCCUAGGUAUCAGCAACGGCAACCUGAGCCGGAGCCGGAGCCGGAGCAGGAGCAGGAGCUAGAGCUACAUCAGAAGAGUCGGAAAGUCCCUGUGGUUUACUAUCUCUGUAGAAAUCGACAGCUUGAACAUCCUCACUUCAUCGAAGUUCCGCUUACUUCAUCAGAGGGUCUUUUCUUAAGAGACGUAAUUGAAAAACUUAAUGUUCUCAGAGGAAGAGGCAUGGCGUCAACAUACUCAUGGUCUUGCAAGAGGAGUUACAAAAAUGGAUUUGUCUGGCAUGAUCUUUGUGAAGAUGACCUAAUUCUUCCCGCUAAUGGCAAUGAAUAUGUUCUUAAAGGCUCAGAACUCGUUGAAGAAUGUAAUUCAGGUCGUUUCACACCUCCCAUAAAACUACAAGCCCUAAAACAAUUACCAGAACCACCAUCUUCAAGAAGUCAAGAUGACUCAUCAUCUUCAACAAGCAUGAGUGGUGUUUCCCCUGAAUCAAGAGGUGAAAAAUCCACAACAUCAGGUGGUUGUCUAAGCUUAACAGAAUACAAAAUCUACAAAACCGAUGGUCUUGCAGAUGCUUCAACUCAAACAGACGAAAACAUAAAAGUAGACUCAUCUCCUCAAAACCUUAAACAAAACCCCGAGAUACAACCAGACCCAUCUCCACCUUCUUCCUCCACGAGUUCUUCAAUAGGAAAAACAGAAACUUUGGAAUCUUUAAUCAAAGCUGAUGCUAGUAAGUUAAAUAGUUUUAGAAGACCAGAAAUUCAAAGCAACACAAAGCUUAGGGCUACAGAUAUGUUGAUGCAAUUGAUUUCAUGUGGGUCAAUUUCUGUCAAAGAUCACAGCUUUGGGUUAAUCCCAUCUUACAAACCAAGAUUUUCAGAUUCAAAAUUCCAAUCUCCUUUGUUUUCAACAUCUGUAAUGUUGGGGGAUCUUGAUUGUUUGCCUGAAAAUCCAAGAUUUAUGAGUAUGAGGUUAGAAGAUAAAGAAUACUUUAGUGGGAGUUUAGUGGAAACAAAAGUCAUCAAAGAAGAAGGCGUCCCUACUUUAAAAAGAUCAUCUUCCUACAAUGCUGACAGGAGUGAAAAUAGCGAUCAAGUUUCAGAAACAACAACACGUACAAAGUGCAUACCAAGAUCACUCAAGGGUAAAAACGUAAAAAGUGAACCAAUGAGAUCUCCUAUUUCUGAUGGGCCUAGAAUUUCAUCAGAAGGCCCAAGUUCAAGAAUCGUGUCACCUUGCCCUUCGAAUUGCAGUAGUAAAAGAAUGACAACCAAGAAACAAUCAGGAAGAUUGGAGUCUUUUCGGGAAGAGAAGGAUAAUAUGGUCAAAAUCGAAGAAAGCUGGCUUCAGGAGCUAGGGUUAUAAUUCAUUCAGAAGCACCAUGUGAUACAGAAAUUUACUCGUAAGUUUGUUGAAAUUCUUGU